AUGGAUUGGAUCGGGAAACGAUUUCUGCCGAAUGGAGAACCGUUGAGCAAAUCGAGGAACAAAUGGCGUUUGUGUGUCUCGAUUUCUGGCCACUCUGUCACCCAUAUUGGGCUAGGCGACGAACAAAUCGGAAUCGACAAAGUUGGGUUCCCGAAACGCUUCGAGAAACAACUAUUUCGUUUAUUUUCGAAAAUCAAUUCCCCUAGAAUGUUCCGAUAUCGAGUGAAAGCCGGGAAGCACUCUUUCGAAUCGAAAUGGACCACACGGGAAGCCGAGUUGGAAGAGAUAUUUCGGAAACUUGUGAACGGUUUUGAAAGUGUUAAAGCUUUUGCCGAGUUGAGCCUUCAUUCGACAAUUUGCGAAGGCCAAAAUCUAUUCGAGAUUCUAGCCGAGAAACGGAUCGUUUUCAACAAAUUAGACCUCGAUUUUCAGUUUGAAUAUCUGAAAACAAAUCCGAUAAAGACUUGCCCAGAAGAGUGUCGUUAUAUCUCAUGGAAAAUGUCGAAAGAUUCAAUAAAAUCGAUCAUUUCAGAUCAAUUACAAAACCCGAUGAUUCCAGUUUUUUUCUAUUGUCAAGCUGAAGACGAGACUUAUGCGGAGAUCGAAGAGAUCAUUUGUGUGACUUUUGAAAUGACAAGUUGUCUGGAUGAAGAACUUCGACGAAAAAUCUCGAAAAAAUUAUCGAUUGAUUAUGGAAAACAAAAUUUCGACGAUUGGUCGUUGGAAAGACGCGUGAAUCGAAGAGAAGAAUGGACAGGCGAGUGCACGUGGAUGGGAUUCUUUAUGAGAAAGAUCCCAACCGACAAGUGUCUCAUCUUAAAACUCGAAGUUUAUACUCAAUUUUACAAAGGAGAAAACCUUGGAAAGUAUUUGUUGUGUUGUGCUAUUGAUAUUUUGCCGUCAGAAGAAAGCACACACUCAUCG